AUGCUGAGCUUUUUGGGCCUUGGUCAAAGUGUUGAUAUUAAAAUAAACUUGGAAGAUGAGGAGCAUAGAAAAAAGGAAGAACUCAGGAAUGAAGAUGGCCAUAUCCACUCACUUCCCGUUUAUUAUGAUGGUGAAAACGUUUGUGGAUCUGUAAAUGUUAUUUUAAAAAGAGGUGGAAAACUAGAACAUCAAGGAAUAAAAAUCGAAUUUAUUGGCCAAAUUGAAUUGUAUACAGAUCGUGGAAACCGCGAAGAGUUUAUUGCUCUUUGUCAAGAUUUAGCACGUCCUGGAAUACUUUCUCAUUCGACAAGUUAUCCAUUCGAGUUCCUACGCAUUGAAAAGCCUUACGAGUCAUACUGUGGAACGAAUGUCCGUUUAAGGUAUUUUUUACGAGUUACUAUUCAAAAAAGAAUUGCUGAUAUCACAAAAGAACAUGAACUCAUUGUACAUUCUACAAUGAGAUGUUCCGAAUCGAGUGACAGUAUCCAAAUGGAAGUUGGGAUAGAAGAUAGUUUACACAUUGAAUUCGAGUACAAUAAGUCAAAAUACCAUUUACAAGAUGUCAUUAUUGGUAAGAUAUACUUCCUACUGGUUAGAGUUAAAAUAAAAAACAUGGAGAUACAAAUAUUGAAGCGUGAAACCAUUGGUGCAGGACCUACUGCUUUUACGGAGACUGAAACUGUUGGAAAAUAUGAGAUAAUGGAUGGUGCACCAGUACGUGGCGAGUCGAUUCCCAUCAGACUAUUUCUACAUGUUUAUGGCUUGAGUCCCACUAUGCGUGAUGUUUAUCGCAAGUUUUCUGUGAGGUAUUUCCUGAACUUAGUACUGUUAGAUGAAGAGGAUCGGCGAUAUUACAAGCAGCAAGAAAUUAUAUUGUACAGAAAAUCCGAUCGCCGACUCAAGAAUUAUGUGCAACAGAUUACAGACAAAGGACUUGAAACUAAUGGAAAUGGGGUCAAAGAGAAAGGAGAAGCUUAUGCUGAUAACAAAAUGCAUGAACAAACAGAUCUCGAAGCUCCUGCAAAGGGUCUGCAAUCAAACAGUGUAUGUUCCGACCUCUCGACGGGUGAACAUGAAGAUGAUAAUGCAGAUUGUUCUAAGUUAUUCAAUAAUCCUGCUUCUACUGCCAGCGAAUGUGAGAUAAAUAAACUUGGUGAUGACGAGGAGGACAAUGAUAGUUGUGAUUCUUUUUCUCCCCAUACACGUGCAGCCAGAAGUAUGCACCGUUAUGAACCUAAGCAGGUUCAUAAGCACACAGAAUCGUCAACUGUUGGUGACCUUCCAAACAAAUCAUCUGUGACUGUUUCUAGUGUAUCAGUUACGCAAAAUUCUAUGUAG